AUGAUGCAAGGCGAGCGCCAUGCCGCAAAUCAGAUCAUCUCAAGAGCUCCGGAGGCGCGACCUUGGCGGAUCCCGGGGCUUCUCGCUCUGUCUCCUACAGUACAGGCCGUCACAUCACCCGUCAUCGACCUCAAAAGCGCUGACAGCCAGGCGACGACGGGAGGUGCGUUCAUCCUGUUCUCCAUCCUCGCUGCCGUUAACCUGGCCCGUGUCAUCGUUGACAGAAAAGCAGAAGGUAGCAGGCGGGACGUCAUGACAGCGUCAAGGGGGUUACAAUGGCACCUCACUAUCGUCGGCGUUUGGCAGAGUGGUUCCAGCUUCGCUGGCCCUGGCGACCGAAUAUCUUUCCUGAUCCCGGCCUCGCACAACUUGCUAGCCCUCCGCACCAGUGAUCCAGACAUCGACUUUGACAGCAAGCUACCUGCCACAACUCUGUUCCUCCGCUGCUCCCCUGAUCCUUUCCAUUACACGGACGGAGAGGGGAGGCUGGUGGAUUGUCGGCAGCAGCCCCUCCCCGCACAAACCGGCGCCGGUACACGAGUCGAGCACAGAACACUCAUGUUUGACGCAUUGCUGACUGGCGCCGUUGAGACCCCUGCGAAACAUCGUUGGGCCGUGCAGUACCAGCGUCAGGAUUAA